AGCAGAGGGGGCGGUAAGUUUGUACUGAGCCAAUAACGUGGAGGGGAGCGCAGCGUCCGGCUCAGCUGGCAGACAUUUAAAAAGGAGCCAGUGAGGCGCUGCUGCAGUUUGGAUUAAAAGCCCACCGCUGCCUCUGUCUUUCUUUCGCUAUCUCUGUAAGCUUUACUGGCUCCUCUCUCUCUCCUGCUGACCCCGUUUACCUCGCUCAGCCUCUUUUCUCUCCUCGGAUCCCUCCAGGAAGACCACUUGGCUUCGCCCUCGUCGUCCCGGGACACUGACAGGAUGGCGGAUGUCUCGCGCCUCCUCUGCGCCCUGCUGCUGCUGGCCUCUGCGCUUGUGUGGCGCGCGUCGGACGCGAAGGGGAACCGCGGCUCUCAGGGCGCAAUUCCUCACCCGGCCAAGAGCAGCGCCAAUGAGUCCGAGCGCCGCCGCGCAUCCUCACCUUCCUCCUCUUCCUCCUCCUCCGCCUCCUCCGCCGCCUCUGCCUCCUCCGCCGAGGAGGUGCUGGAGUCGAGCCAGGAGGCGCUGCAUGUGACGGAGCGGCGCUACCUGAAGCGCGACUGGUGCAAGACACAGCCGCUGAAGCAGACGCUGCACGAGGAGGGCUGCGCGAGCCUCACCAUCAUCAACCGCUUCUGCUACGGCCAGUGCAACUCCUUCUACAUCCCGCGGCACGUGCGCGCGGAGGAGGAGGGCGCCUUCCAGUCCUGCUCGUUCUGCAAGCCGCGCCGCUUCACCACCAUGACCUACACGCUCAACUGCCCCGACCUGCAGCCGCCCACCAAGAAGAAGCGCGUGCAGCGCGUCAAGCAGUGCCGCUGCAUCUCCAUAGACCUGGACUGAGACCCCCCGGGGGUUGUUGGGGGGUGGGGGGUCCGAACCGAAGACAUUUCCAAGAAAUCACGGCGACAGUGCGAGCUCCCGUUUUGUAACGAGGCUGAUGUCAGUUUCUUAUCCUCCAGCUUCUUGUUCGAAUUAUCUAAUUCUGCCUUAAAUGGUGUAUAGGUUAUAAUACAAUGUAACUGCUGCGCCGUUUAAGCUGUACCAUUUAAGGUGGAACGGAAAAAUUCGAACAAGAAGCUCCCAAUUAAGAAGCUGACUUCAGCCUCGUUUUAAUUAUGCUGGAAAGUGGCAGAGGAGACUGACUGGGCUGUGUCUCAAAUCGACCACUCGUCCCGUGCGUAGUGAACUAACAGGAGCUCUAAGGGCAUAGUUCUACAGGAACAUUUGGGACGCUGCAGUUCUUCGAUACUGUCGAAAAACCCUGUUCCAAAGUCCACACUUAGGUGACCUAUAAUUAACAAACUUGUUUCAGCCAUAAAUAUGUGAAUAACAUUAACACUGUACUAACACUGACAAAAAUUGUGGAGCAAAAUUACUAAUAUAAAAAAACGUUUUAGUGGAACAGCGGCCGACUUUCCCUCAGUGACAAAAGACAACUGCACCACUGGCCAACUAAAACCAACUUAGUAGUAAAUACAGCCUGUCUGUCAUGACUGUAAUCUAAAAACAUGUCUCAAAACACAAUUUCAUGAACAGCGUCUGUUUAGACGCCUUGGUCUCUCGUAGACGCUGUGUGUUUCACCGAGGCUCUGCUCAGAUAGCUAGCGUUAACUAACGUUAGCUAGCUCGCGUCAACAUCACAUUCUAGCUUAGCGAAGUCGCGGUAAGAAAUGCUGCAAAUGACUUUAAGUUUCACAUAAAAUGACCAAGUGCAUAAAUAUUAGUUUAUUCCUCACAUGAAAAUGAGUUACCGUGUCAGUGAGCUGCAGCAGUCCUCUCAAGGAAAAGUAAUUCGUUUAGAUUUCACUCUUUGUGAGAAGCCCCGCCCCUCAGCGGAGAUGGAGAUUUCCAUUGGCUCUGCUGCUGUCAGACAGGAUACCACCAUACAGCUGUAUAAAGCCACUAACGCGAUGUGGUGAUUAUUUUUAAAUAAGGCGUAGCCACAAAUUAAUAUAUUGAGGCCAAAGAUUACUAUAUUGAUGCCACGAAUUAAUAAUGGAGUCCUUGGAGUUAUGAGAAACGUUACUCAUGGCCUUAAUAUAGUAAUAGUGGCCACGCAUUAAUAAAAAAUAAUCAUCUUGUCACCUUAGGGUGAGAUGAGAUGUGACAUAUAGGGGGAAAAGGUGUGUUGGGGUGGGGGAGGGGGGUUUCGCUUGGUCUUGUGCACUUUUACACGUUGAGAAAUGUAAAAAAAAAUUAAAAAAUAAAACUCAUGAAUGCUCACACAAGUGUGAACUUUGGGACACGAGGCUUCUGCUAACUGACUGUUAACAAACAACCCAACCGCUAACAAAACGCUGACAGCAUUUAUCAAUUCAGAAAGUGUAAACUGUUUAAAUACCAGUAAUGACUUGUAUAUACAUAUUUUCGGAGUGGCUGGAGAUUUGGCGACCAUGUUGAAUUUAUUUUAUUUUUUUUGUCGAUUUGUUGUUCAUUGUCUCAUACACUAGUUAGGGUACACGACUGUUCCCUGUAGUUUAAGGUGAUGACUGAAUGGUUAGUUAGUUCACUACAUACGGAACAAGCGGUUGAUUUGAAGCUCGGUCAGACUGAAGGCUCCUCCGCUGUCCAGCGCGCGCGCGUGUGUGUGUGUGUGAAAGCAGACCCUCUGCGUCUGUUGGUGGAGCAGGUUGCCUGUAAGCGCUCAGUCCAGCACAAAGUUUGGGAGAGUGCUGGAAAAGGGGUUUCCACCGUGUGGAAAUAUACUGACCUUGAAAAAGAGAGAAAUAAUAAGACACUUAUUUAAUUGGACCGGACGGGACGCAGGGAGCAGGUACUAUUUUUAUUGUAUAGUCCGUUUGCUGUGAACGUGCUUUGGUCGCAGGAGCGAAAGCAAAAUGUUGGUGUGCUAAGAGAUGCUUGUUGUUAUAGAUAUUCACGAUAACCAGAAGCAUCAGAAAUGAUUUAUUACGGUUCAUUUUUAUUUUUUAUUUGAAAUAAAGCUUUUUAUUCUUAA